UUGAUGUGCUGUAAUGAUGUGUGACAUUUCAACAGCCUCACAAAUAAAGUUAUAGAACCUAGUAGUCCAUUUUCACAGGAAACACCUUUGUAAAUCUUCUCUUUUUAAUUAAUUAGCUGAAAGCAUUUCUGUUGUGUUCAAGUAUUGGACAAAUAACUAUUUUUUGUGCAUUUUGCAUCUUCAAUUGAAGAUUAAAUUCUGGAAAUCCAGUAAUUUACCUGGAAGAAAGGCAAUCUCAAAUUUAUAACAAUCCUUCCCAAAAGAAAGAGUAGACUCUGUGUAUGUGCACACAUAUACGUACAGAUACAUAAAUUCCGUGCAAUACCCUGUUUUCCCAUUGUAUCAACCUAAGGUCCAUUUUGUGUGCCCCUCCCUCCCUAAAGCCUUUUUCCAAAAAAGGGCCUAGAUCAGGAGAAAACAAAAUGAAACUCCCCUACCAAUUAAAAUUAUUUGUAAAAAAAAAAUUGGUCAUGUAUAAAAUUGACUUACUGCCAUCUGCAUAUACCAUUUCCUCUCUCACACUGAAAUUGAUAUUAUACGUGUAGACAAAUUAUGUUAGGUGAAUCUGUGCCAGAAAGCAAAGAGCGAAGCCCUAUUUAGUUGUUGGGAAAGGUUAAAUGCAAGCCCUCCCUCCUCUCCCCCACCCCCAGCAAGCAGUAGGACAAACUUUAGGCUAAUCUCUCCAAAGGCAUUAAUGUUUUUUAGCAGGAGUUUCUGCUAUCAUUUGUAUCUUCUGCUUUUCAUACUUUAUUCUGUUCUUAUCAGUAGAAAGUGGAAAAAUUCCCUCAAUUCACAAAUUUGCAAGUCUUAAUAAGAAAUCUGUGGAGUUAGCUAUAGAUGAAAUUCCUAGGUAUGCACAAAUAUUUGAUAAUAAUCCUUACCACAUUAGUGCAACUUCUUAUUUUUAUUUCAUGGUAGCUUGUUCAAGCAACUGAUAUUUGAAAAUAGCAAAACAAGGGCCUGUUUAAUUCCACUCAUUUUGAAUCGCAAUCCAAGUAGUUUUAUACAAAGACUUUGAACGUGAGGAGCUAAAUCAUACCCACCUAUCUGUGGCUCUUUUAUUUGUGCGCCGUAGCAUCAAUAAAGACAAAAAUAAAAAAUGAGUUAUUUUUUAGAGCGUAAGUGAGGAAUCUUAUAGUUUCUCAUUUUGGGAUUAUGCUCUCAUCAACUUCCAUGGCAGCCAACAUUAAUAGGCGAUGGAAAACCCCAGGUUACCCCCACUGUUCUAUAACAUUUUUCUUAAAGUGGGGUUUAUGUGCAGAGACACAUCUUCUCAUAUGUUUCUUGCUACUAUUCUGGAAAAGGGAGUUUAAGAUUUCUUCCUGGCAGCUUGCCAACUAGCAGUUUGGCGGUCUUUUGAUGAAUGAUAUAAAAUGAUAUCACUCGGAUAGUGGUACUACUCGUUAAGGGUGGAGCAGAAACCUUCUUUUUCAAUGCAAUUUAAUCCAAAUACCAAUUGCAGUUGGUAUAUGGAGGAGGUCUCAUUGAUGCCAAUAGCAUUGCUUCUGUUUAGGAUUGUAGCUGAGACAGGCACAAAAGUCCCUCUUUUCCUACGUGCAAUAGUAUCAGUGAGAAUUGUGUUCCCCCUUCCUCGUAGUCAAUAGUACAUAAAAAAAUUAACAAGCUCUGUAAUGUGAGAUCUAGUGUGAUUUAUAGAUGCAUCUAUGUUGAGAUUAUAGGAUAGAAGGUGGGAUAAAAUAAUAAUAUGCCCAAUCUAGUCUAAUCUCUGGCUGACUAUGCAGCCAAUCAUAAUAAUAUCGUUGGCAUUGACAAAAUCACCAUCACUCAGUUGCAAAAGUCAGCUUUACUUGGAAUAACAUACAUCCUAUGAUGAAACCUUUAAUAUUAUUAAACAACAUUUGCCUAUCCUUGAGUCCUUGGGAAGGGCUCAAUAGGUGAGCAAAAAUGCCAUUACCAGUCUAAAUAUCUGGAUGAGUGUGCAAUAAUGGCAUGGCUAGGAGGCUUGUUUGUAAAUAUUGUAGACAUUACAUAGAUGGGCCUUUGAUUUUAGUUUGGAAAGAUGUUUUUAUUCUUUUAGUGUGGUGCAUGCUCUGUAUCAUUUAUUUGUUAGUUAUGGUAGCACAUUGUGUCAGUCAGUUAAGAAUUCUGAAUAAUAAAGGAAGUCAAUAACAUAGAACAUAGCUUUUAUAUUGGCAUUUGAAUUCUAUAGUUUAAUAUAUAAGUUGCCUCACAUUCCUUGUGACAGCUGUUAACCAGAAGAUGGUUCCUUCAUACACUCUGCGCCCCAGACCAGGAAAUAUACUUAAUUGUGGGGUUAUCAACUCUGGCUAUGUGCCAAGAUAAAACAGAUUAUAUAUUAUAGUUUAACCAUUUCAAUAACCCCUUUGCUACACGAGCAAAACCUUAGAAAGCCAUACAAUAUGUUAUUUUUUUUAAAAAAAAAUUGUAGAACAUCUGAUCAAGAGGCAAAGCUCUAUUGACAGAAGAUUGGCUGUGCUCAAGUCAACUUCUUUUGCCCUUAGCUUCUCAAAGAAUCCCAUCAAGUUCUUAUAGUAUUGUUCCAUACAAUACUAUGGAACAGAGUUUGAAAAAACAUUUUUGUAAGAUGUUUACCUCUUAAUUCAUAUGCGGAAUCCCAAGUUGUAUCCUGCAUAUAUGUGCUCUAAUCAACUCUGUGUUCUCGGUGAAUUCACUGUGUUAUCUCUAGAUCCGGGGGGGGGUUAAAAUGCCAGCCCACAGGCCUAUUCCAUCAUGCAGAGGCCGCGCCCACCCCAGCUCCAGCAAUGCGAAAAAAGUCAUGACAGGUUAUGACAUGUCAUGUGAUGCAGCGAGUUUGACACCCGUACUCUAGAUUUACAGCUUAAAUGAAUGUAAAAUAAUCACUAGCUUUAAACACAAAUGCUGUAAUUAAAAACAGCAGUUGGAGGUAAAACCACUUUUAUUAAACAUAACACUUUCUAAGUGAGGUUGUGGAAGAACUUGAUGACUAAAUCAAAGUGUCUGAAAUAUGGUAGCAAAAAACAAUUUCUUGCAAUGUUCUGCAAAGGUAUUCAACUAGUAUAUGACAUAGUACAGUAUAAAAAUCACAGGAUAUAUGAUGUUAUUAGAGAAGAAAAUUUCAGCACUUUCCAUAAAGUCUUAAAAUAUGGUUGACUUCAUAUACCUGUCUAUAUAGCUUUCUUGCAAUAAUAAGGAAGUGGGUUUGCCAUUUUUAGAAUUUUUAUUUCAAAAUUAUGUUAAUAGUAAUCUUUGAUAUAGUAAAUUAGUGUAUAGCCUCCCUUUAAGAUAUAUUACUUUUUCAUCUUAUUUGGAACCAAUAAAGGGAUUGUUGCUUUCCUCUACAGGAUAGCCCUUUAUUUUCUUAUAUAGAUGUAAGUACAUCUAUAUAGAAUUGAAUGAAAUAAAUUAUAUAAAAAGACACAGGGUUUUAAAACAGUGCUUUAUUGAACAAAUCAUUGUUGUUCAAAUAUAACAAGCCAUAAAUAAUAGAAACCAUAGGAAAUAGAUCCAUAGCUGAAGUGAUAUUCAGUCUAAAUUCAGACACACAAAAUUUAAAUGCAUGUACAAAAAACGUUUACAGUGUUAAAGGUGAAAUGCAAUACAAAAAGGAGACAGUGUAAUCCCGUGUUACUGAAAUGUUCUAGCCCAUAGCUACGAAACCAUUUUUAAUUGGCUUUGAGGCUUAUUUCUAUACUUUAAAUGUUCCAGCCAAAUCCUGAACAUAGGUCACCUUAUAAAGUAUAUGAUAAAAUGUUGGUGUCAUUUUUGUGGAAAGCUCCAAUACACACACUGUCUUUGUGACAAGCUUCUGAUACUGAAAUACUACCAUAUAACUUCAAUAUGUCUUUGUAUUAGAGUGGUGAUUUAAAAUACUGAAAGGGUGGGAUAUAUACUAUUUUGUCAUAAUAAAAUUUAUUUAUUGAAUAAGUAAUUCUUCAGAAAUAAGUUGACAAUUUAGAAAAUCCACACAAUUAAAUCAUAUGAACUGCUUAAAUCAGCAGUACCAGGCAACAGAUCUUAAUAUAAUUUGAUGUUUGGUAUUUCUCUUUACUAGUGCCUAGUAUUUUAGAAUUGAAACAUAUAUAAUUAUUUUAUGAUUUUUAAGUUCUGAUUGCAUGCUGGUAGAAUUUUGGCGUACAUAAAAAACGAUCCCUACUUCUUAUUUAAUAUUGACAUGUGUAUAAUUAUAUAAAAUAUGCAUGUGUGAUGUGUCAUUGGAUUGUUACAGUCUUAAAAUAUUUUGUGUUCUGAGGCUUACAAUUUGUAUAUACACAAUAGUGUGCAUAUACACAUAAAUAUACAUGCAAGCAUGCACACUGUAAGUGUAUAUAUGUAUAUAUUAUGUUCGUGAAGUUAAAUAUUGCAUGGAACACUUGUAGACAGAUUAAUUGCUUGUAAGUAACUCUCCACAGAUUGGAAAAAUAGCUCUUCCAAAAUACAAGUUGCUUUUGCUCUUUCUCAUAUUCCAUCCUCAAACUGAAGACAUACUUUCCAUAUUGUUAAGGUGGGGGUGUGGGAAAACAACUAUUGCAAUAUUUGGCAUCUUGUUUUAAUGCUGAUUUUACUUUUAUUUGUUUUCCUUAAAGAAAAAAUGUGUCAUGACCAAAUGAAAUGACAUUGUUAUGAACAUGGAUUUUAGGCGCUAUUGGGAAAGAAUCCAGUAUUUAAAUGUUUAAAUAGGCUUAUUCAUACUUUUAUUUUUGGAAUUGUAAAAAAAUACUGUUUUCUUGGGUAUCAAAAUACUCUGGAGCUUAAAGCCAAGAAAAUUCUGAAUAUGAUAAAUGCUGAAAUAAGUUUGCUUUGUUUAUAUGUUCAGACUCUUGCUUGAUUUAUUGAUUCUGCUAAUAGUGUCAAAAUAGCAAAGGCUUUGGGUUUUAUUAUUCUGGGUUGGUUUUUUUUUGAGGGGUGGGAGGAGAAUGAGAUGUUACUAUUGUCUUGCAUUAAGCAUCUUUCUCCUUUUGUCAGAUGUAGGGGGAGAAAUGCAAAACUUGUUUCAGUUUAACUGUUUUAACCAUGCAACAAUGAUCAGUAUAGCAUCCCAUAACUAAUGCCGACCCCUCCCACUUUCCCAAGCAACAUUCACUGUGCAUUUAAAAGGUUUUUGUGGUUUAAAUGUUGUUACAUAUUUUACAGCAUUAGGAUCUAUGGAAUAUUUUGACAACUGCAACAGUUCAAUGAAGUUGGUAAUUUCUUCUUUUAAUUAUUUUUCAUUGAACAGAUUUGGAGUUACACUUUUUUUUUAAAGAAAAGUUUGUUUUUCUAAUGCUUUUCAACACAUUGCAUAAUCUUUUAGCAUAUUAAAUAGCCUUUGACUCUAUGGGUAGCAGCAUUUUAAUUUGAUUGAUGUUGACACAAUAGUAUGGUAUUCUUUCAGCUGGUGAUCAUACGUGAAUGACUGUACAUCACUAGAUGAGCUGGUGCUUGUGGCUUCACGGAUUGUCUGCAAGGUCCUAAUCCACAGUAGAAUGGGAAAUGAGGCUGGCUUUAUACAUUUCAUUGAGUAGAAUGCUGCAAGGAGCAAAUAAUGCGGAGAAGUUUGACUAUGUGAUGCAAUUCAUGAAUAAAAUGGCUGGAAAUGAAUAUGUCGGUUUCAGUAAUGCCACAUUCCAGUCUGAAAGGGAGAGUGGAGACAGAAACUUUGCAAUAGGCUAUUAUCUCAAAGAGAAAAAGUGUUUUCCAGAGGGCACAGAUAUGGUUGGCAUAUUGGACUUCUAUUUCCAGCUGUGCUCCAUAGAAGUGACUUGUGAAUCUGCGAGUGUCAUGGCAGCCACCCUUGCCAAUGGUGGGUUUUGCCCCAUCACUGGUGAGAGAGUCCUGAGUCCAGAAGCAGUUCGUAAUACUCUAAGUUUGAUGCAUUCGUGUGGCAUGUAUGACUUCUCGGGACAGUUUGCCUUCCAUGUGGGUCUUCCUGCAAAAUCUGGAGUUGCUGGUGGUAUUCUCUUGGUUGUUCCUAACGUUAUGGGCAUGAUGUGCUGGUCACCUCCACUAGACAAGAUGGGCAACAGUGUUAAGGGCAUACACUUUUGUCACGAACUGGUUUCUUUGUGCAACUUUCAUAAUUAUGAUAACCUGAGGCAUUUUGCAAAGAAGCUUGAUCCUCGGAGGGAAGGUGGUGAUCAACGAGUGAAAUCUGUAAUAAAUCUUUUGUUUGCUGCAUAUACAGGAGAUGUGUCUGCACUUAGAAGGUUUGCCUUGUCGGGUAUGGAUAUGGAACAGAGAGACUAUGAUUCUCGAACAGCGUUGCACGUAGCAGCUGCAGAAGGUCAUGUAGAGGUAGUUAAAUUUUUGCUGGAAGCGUGCAAAGUGAAUCCUUUCCCCAAAGACAGAUGGAACAAUACACCUAUGGAUGAAGCUUUGCACUUUGGACAUCACGAUGUAUUCAAAAUUCUUCAAGAAUAUCAAGUUCAGUACACCCCUCCUGACAACUCUAGUAACGGAAAAGAAAAUCAAACUGUACAGAAAAACCUAGAUGGUUUACUAUAACACUCUUCUGACUGAGAUUUAAAGUUAACGAUCUAUUUAAUUGUGGAAAAUGAUUAUGAGGAGUGUGUUUCUGUUGGAUAGUGAUGUAUAUUUUCGAGUACUGCUUUGUUCCAAUGUUACAGCAGCUUUGUUUGUUGCACACAAAAAACAAUAAUUUCUUUUUCAGAAAAAAAAAAACCCAACUACAUGCAAGUGAUAGAAAUUAGUGUUGGCUAUACGCACAGGGGUUUUUUUGAGGGGGGUGGGGAGGGAAGGGAUAACUCCAUGAAGCUUUACUCCACGGUCAUACUCAUGAAGCUUUUUUGUCCUGCUUGCUGUGUAUACAUGGAUACUUCCUAAGAAAACUGUCAGCAAGUAUAGUCGUCAUCUUGCUACAUUUCGAGAUUUGUUGCUGUUGUGGAUUCAAUCUGACAUCUUGGAACAUAAAGCACUCAGAUGUUUUCCCACAAUACCUGCUUACAUCAUGUAAUUUCUUACUGACGGAUGCUACCUGGGCUUAGCUCUUGUUCCAAGUGUUUUAUCAGGGAAUCUUAUUUGACCAAACAAUGUAGGAGAAUGUAAGUAGAGAAUACUGCACCUGUAGACUCUUGUCUUACUCCCACCCACCCCCUCAUUCAACUGGCUGAAAGUUUUCCCCAUGGUGAACUAUGAUCUGUGGCAAAACAUUGUGAUCACAUUUGCUUUUGGUCAUAAACUGUAUGUAUACUGCGGAACUAGCUGUUGUUCAGUGAAAAUGUUAAAACUCAUUUAUGCUGAUGAUUUUUCAACUGGGAAUUCAUCUUUUAAGUAGAAGGUCAAUCACGAGGUCAAUUUAUUUAUUUUUUUGCCCCUUUUGCCCUGCCAUUUCAUUCACAGUGCCACCCUUCUUCACAUUUGUCCUUUCAGUUAAAGUUGGCCACAUUGACCAUUAUUUGCUUUAAAACCAAAUAAAAAUGUUGAAAAUAACCAACACAUAAAAAAUGGCCGUAUUACCUAAUAGCUUAUUUUUCCCUUAGCCAUUACAAAAAAAAAAAAAAAAAAACCAAAAUUACUUAGUACCUACCAAUCUCUUGCAACUAUAGUAUAGCUUUUUUCUUAUGAGUUGUAUUUCAUAAUCUUUGUAGCUCCUGGAGUUAGUUUAUUUAUACGUCGAUUUACAUUAUCUCCAGUUCAGUUCUGCUGUUGCCUUUCAUGGUUUCAUCCCCCCCCCAAAAAAAUGCAACAGUGAAUUUUAAACAUUUUAUUUAUUAUCUCUAAAAGUGAGCUUUAUUUAUACCUUAGUACUACAGUCAUCUUACUCUAUCUCAUUUGUAUGUGUGUGUGUGUUUGUGUUGCAGUGGACUGGCAUCAUUUUUAGCUUCAGGGCAGGAUUAUCAGUAGCUUUACUGACCUGAUGAGCUAUUGUGACUGAUUUGGCUUGACGUUUGGCUUUAUUAUAGGGAAUAAACCAUGAUGAAUGUAUUCUUUGCCUGUCACCAUUUUCCCAUGACUUAAACUUGAGUGUAACCAUUCUGAAGGUAAGAUUUAUUUUCAGAAUUACAAAUCCAAAUGCAUUGCAUUUUAAAAUAAUAAACUGGCAAAUAAAAUAAAGUUAAAUAAA